AUGCCAAUCGAAUCGCGAUUUUCGGUGUCGGUUCCUAAUUGCUCGAUUCAACAAUGGAUAUUUGGCUCGCCUUCAAGGCCAUUACCGGAUCAGAAGGCUUUCAUCGAUGCUGAUAACCCCGAGCAACGUUAUUUCACUUACAACCAAGCUCGAUUGUUUGCGAAGCGUAUCGCCGUCGGUCUUAUCAACAAUGGCCUUAAGCCUGGUGAUCGUGUUCUCCUCUUCGCUAGUAACAGCUUAUUCUUCCCGACUAUUGUGAUGGGCAUUUGGAUGGCCGGGGGCAUAUUCACGGGAGCUAACCCUGGAUAUGUCACUCGAGAGUUGGUCCAUCAACUUCAAGAUAGCAAGGCGUCAUUCGUCGUUGCCGCGGAGAGUGGCAUGGAAGUGGCAUUGGCUGCUGCCUUACAGGUUGGUAUGAAAGCUUCACAAGUCUUUUUGUUGGAUUCGACAUGGCCAGAUUCACCUGUUGAGACACAACCUAGAGAAGGCAGUCGACACUGGACAGAGCUCAUUGCAUCCAGGCCAGAGGGCGAGAGGUUCCAGUGGACGGAGCCAAAUGAUUCUAAUGACUCUAUCUGCUCUCUCAACUACAGCUCAGGCACUACUGGGAUACCGAAAGGUGUCGAGAUCUCACAUUACAAUCAUGUUGCGAAUAGCUGCGGUGUGACUCUUUUCCAUAAACUCCAUCCCGACUACGAAGCUCGCCGUCAACGUGCUGCUGCCUUGUGUUUCCUCCCCAUGUAUCACGCCUUUAGUCAAGGCUACUUCAUCACCAGCUUCCCUUGCGAGCGCGUUCCUGUAUAUAUCAUGCCUUCUUUUGACUUUCCUAAGAUGCUCGCACACAUUCAAAACUUCCGCAUCACGAAGCUUCUCGCCGUCCCCCCUAUUCUUGUCCUUAUGUCGAAACACCCACUUGCACGCCGUGCCGACCUGAGUAGCAUCGACAUGAUUGCAUCCGGUGCUGCCCCAUUAGCGAAGGAUACACAACGCGAGAUAGCUGGGAUGAUACCUAGGGGCGAGAAAGUAGUACGGCAAGGUUGGGGGAUGACUGAAGCAACCUGCACCGCAUUGUCGUGGGACCCUAACAAAGCUCCCAGCUCUGCGGCUGGUGAGCUGACGCCAGAUUCCAAGGCCAGGUUGAUUCAUAUCGAAACUGGAGAGGAAAUUACGACUGCCAACACACCAGGAGAACUCUGGAUCACGGGUCCUACGGUGAUGCGUGGCUACUGGAGAAACCCAGGUGCAACCCAAGGCGCAUUUGUUACUGACGCUGAGGGCACUCGAUGGCUCCGCACCGGGGACGUUGCAUAUGUGGAGGAAUACGCAAAAGGAUCACUCUUUCAUAUCGUGGAUCGCGUCAAGGAGCUGAUCAAGGUUAAAGGCAUGCAAGUUGCUCCAGCUGAACUCGAGUCUCUCCUACUUGAACGACAAGAUGUUGCAGACGCUGCGGUUGUUGGGGUCAUGGUCAACGGCGAGGAGCUCCCACGAGCCUAUGUCGUCAAAUCAACAAACGCAAAAGACACAUCUGAACAAGACAUCGCAGACUGGCUGGCUAGUCGUGUUGUCAAAUACAAACAACUCAAGGGGGGAGUGGUCUUCGUCGACGCUAUCCCCAAAGUUCCUUCGGGCAAGAUCUUGCGUAAAGCUCUUCGUGAGCGAGCAAAACGCGAAGUUAGCGACGGCCUUGAGGUGCGCGCCAAGCUGUAG